CUAAACAGAAAGAGGAAUCAGAGGAACCAGAAGUAUAAGAGAGAGAGACGGGCGAGAGACACAGACAGAGAGAGAGACAGAGAGAGACGGACAGAUAGACAGAGACAGACAGACGGAGAGACAGACAGACAGACAGACAGAGAGACAGACAGACAGACAGACAGGUUGGUGCAGAGGCUCUGGGCGGUCAGACAGGAGGAAGACGAGGAGGACGAAGGCGAACAUGAGGCUGUGUUUUCUUCUUCUGCUGCUGCUGGUGUGUGUGCAGCACGCAGAGUGUGUGCGGUGUUUCAGCCGGGUCGACCUGCGCUCGUCUCUCUGUGUGGACGAGCUCGGCGAGGUGGACGAUGAAGACGACUGCUGUCAGAACCCUCACUACGGUUACCAGGCAACCGACGGGGAGUGUCACUCCUGUGGAGGCCUGGGCUGGUCCUCCUGGUCCUCCUGGUCCUCCUGCAGUGUGCUGUGUGGGGAGGGCGUGAGGCAGAGGAGCAGGAAGUGCUUCAGCCAAUCAGCAUGCCCCGACGUGACGGACAACCUGCAGAUGGAACCCUGCUCUGCCAACUGCUGCGACGUGGAGUGGGCCCCCUGGGGGGCGUGGUCUCCCUGCUCUGUGAGCUGUGGAGGGGGCGGAGUCAGGAAGAGAGAGAGAGCGUGUUUGGGUCCAGACGAGUGUCGCUCGUCCUGCAGCGGCUCAGCAGAGACAACAGAGAGCUGCAACACACACACCACCUGCCCAGUGCACGGUGGGUGGUCGGCCUGGUCACAGUGGGAGGCGUGUUCUGCUUCCUGUGUCCCGGGGAUAUUCGGUGAUGACACGGUGGGCGUGGCUUAUCCUACCAGGAGGCGACAGCGCACCUGCUCUAGCCCCGCCCCUUCCUCUGACACGGUGCCGCCUGGCGACGGUUGCCCCGGAGACGGCGAGCAGGUGCAGGACUGCAGCGAGCUUCCCAACUGCCCAGUGGAUGGCAGCUGGGGGGCGUGGUCUCCCCCUGGGCCUUGCUCCGCCUCCUGUGGGGAGGGGCUUCAGCUGUCAAUCAGGGAAUGUGACAGCCCCGCCCCGAAAUACGGAGGACGGGUCUGUGAGGGAGAGAGCGCACGAGCCAGCAGGUGUGAGAGCACGUGCACAGUGGAUGGUUUCUGGUCUGGCUGGUCCAGCUGGGGCGAAUGCUCCGCCUCCUGUAUCCCAGCAGGCCGUGCGUCUGUCAGGACUCGUCAGCGCUCCUGCUCUAACCCCGCCCCCUCCGCCAGCCCACCGGGCCAAGGUUGCCCCGGCGACAGCACACAGACAGAAAGCUGCAGUCACCUGUCUCACUGCCCAGUGGAUGGCUCCUGGGGGUCUUGGGGUCCCUUCUCUUCCUGUUCUGUCUCCUGUGGGGUGGGGCUUCAGCGGGCAGUCAGGAGAUGUGAUAGCCCCGCCCCCCAACAUGGCGGCCGGCCGUGUGCUGGAGCAGGAAGUCAGACCCGCAUCUGCAAGACCAACGUGCACUGUCCAGUGGACGGGGUGUGGUCUGACUGGUCGCCAUGGGGACAGUGUCAGAGUCCCUUCUCCAAGGACAUCCGCUGUAAGACGCGCGGCGGCAUCCAGACCCGCGAGCGCCGCUGCCUGUUCCGAGCUCACAACGGCUCCAUCUGUCCCGCCGACGACCUGGGCCUGCUGGACCGACGGGUCUGCUACGACAUCACGGGCUGCUACAUGAAGGGCAGCUGGGCGGGCUGGGCAGACUGGGGCUGGUGUAGUCCGACCUGUGGAGACAAGUCCAGACGGGUGAGGAAGAGGAUCUGUGAGCCCGACACAUCAAACUACCCACCUACCAUUGGCCGUCUGAAAGAGAAAGCACACUUCUUUGGAAAUCCAACGGCUGACUGCCGCCUGGCGCCCGGCGACAAGAAGUACGAAGUGCAGAACUGCCUCAACGCACCACCCUGCCCUUAACGCUGAUCACACACACACACACACACACACACACACACACACACUCUCACUGCUGAAUUAAUCAACUGAUCAUCCAUGAAUUCACUGAAUCAAGUGAUGAACAGAAUGAUGAAUAAAACAAUCACCAUCACCAUGGAAACAACAAACAACAGCAAACAGCCUCUGUGAUUGGCUGGCUGUUUCCUGUGUUCUUAUUGUCAUGAUGAGUGUGGACUAAACUGUUAAAUCAUAAACUGUGUGAUCAUGACUCUGUAUGAAACAAACACAC